AUGGCGUUAAAGUGUUGCACUUGUCAUAGACAGAGCAAGGUCAUGUAUUGCUCACACUGCAUAAAUACGAGCCCGCGUCUGUUGUUGAGAUACAAAAUGGAACUUUACCAGGUAACCGCUGCUCGCGAAGAGCUGCGCGCGCAGGUGGACGAAAUUUUAAGGGACGCCAUGAAUGGCGAUGAGCAACCUAGCGAUGUACUAGGCAAGCAUCUAGCAAUGCUUAGGAAAACUCAUCUUAAGAGGAGGACUAACAAAAUUCGCAGUAAACUGCAGCAACUUCAGGAAGUUGUUCAGGUUAAGCGCGAGAGGGUACGAACGUUAAAGGCGCAAAUGAAUCAGCCUAACCCUCGCGUUGCGCACAGCGUUGAAACUGACGAAAAGAUAGCUCAGUUCCGCAGCUCACAGCAGAAACUGACGAUGCUUCAACGGGUACUCGAAAGCUCGAAGGCGCUCAAGUUUCAGGCCCUCGCGCAUCUCUUCUUGAUCCGUCAAAGAGAGCAUCCGGAAUUCCCCUUCACUAUAAGCUUUCAACCGAUAGUGAAUGUUCAAAACCUCUGUCAUCUCCCACAAAACGUUGUAGAAUGCUCCCUGCGAUCCAUGUGGGAUUUCCUCCUGCUAGCCGGGCGGGUACUGCUGAUAGAGCUCCCGCUCCAAAAGCCCGCAAAAGACGUUCUUGAUAGCCUCACGGGCAUUGUGCUUAAUCUUUUAGUAUUUCUUCAAAGUUUAGAGCUGGUCCCUCAAAAGUUUUGCGGUGAUAGGGGCUACCUACGCAGCUUGCUCCGGAACUACGAUGUGGAUAGGCUGUUCUACUACAUGGUGAUGAACAGGGACAUUGAACUACUCGACACAGGUGAGUUGCAUAGCGCAGUGAACUACGACGUUUGCCAUGCAGAGCUGCAAGCCAUGUUCCAGGGUUCCAGUGAGCUGAGCGUGCUCAACAAAUCUAUUGAUGACAAGUGGUUCCUCGUCGGGUGA